CCCUUUCCUUAAACCCAGCUACAGAAAAAAUUCAAUCUUUGAUCCUAUUUCUCUUUUUAAAAAAAUAGCAUGAAACGCUUCACACUUCACUCUCACUUCUGUUUCUGAGCAAAAGAUUUGACGGCUCAUCCAUUUAUGCUUUUUUCUUUACGGUAGCAAUGGCCUCAACAUCUUCAUCAUUCUUUACUUUCCGGCACCAAGAUAGAGGACCGAGAAAUAUGGUUUCUGUAGAAGGGGUUGGUGCUAGGAGAGUUCGGUGCCUGAAUCUUAAGACAUCAUUUACAGGUUCAUUUCCGGUGUCAGUUUGGCAGUUUAGAGUAGUCUUGAACUAUCCUGUUAAAAAAACUCUUUUACUUCCUUCUAUAAAGUGUACGAGUGAGGAUAAAGAAAAGAAGCAAGAUUCCUUUGAACAAGUAUCAGUUGAGCGUUACCCAUAUUAUAGCUAUCUGGACUCCACAUCUGGGCAGCUUGAACCUGCCUCUGGUGCUCGUGCAAGCAUUCCUGGGCAGGAGUACUGGCCCGAAGGCACAGCUAGUAGAGUGAGAGCUGCCAGAGCUCCUGAACCUCCGGGUGUUUCCACAGGAACUCCGUCUUAUGGAAAAAAUCCUGGAAGUAGAAGAAAGAAGCACAAGGUAUCUGCUGCCACUUCUGAGUCUUCAGUGACGGAUGUAAUCGCAGAUAAUCUAGUGGAACUGGAGACUUCAGAUGCUGCAUCCGAAGGCCCAAAAGAUCUCUCCUCAGAGUAUGUUGUUUAUCAGACCGAACCUGAAGAAGAGGAGCUCACUGAGUAUGAACUGGACAAAAGAGUUGGGAACCCUCACCCUUUUGUUGAUCCAAAAGUAAAGAAGCCAAUUGAGAAGACACUGACAAGUGAACAACUAUGGUGGAACUGGAGAAAGCCAGAUAAGGAGCAAUGGUCAAGGUGGCAGAGGCGACGCCCUGAUGUUGAAACGGUGUUUCUAAAAGCUAUGGCAGAGACUGGGCAAGUAAAGCUUUAUGGUGAGCAUCCUACUAGGACAGAGACUGCACUCUACAGAGCAAGGCGACACAUAUACAAAGAAGAAAGGCUACAGGCAGAACAAGAUAGACUGGAGAAAGAUGGUCCAAUUGCGUACUACUCAGAGUGGGUUAAAGCUUGGAAGAGAGACACUUCACGUGAAGCUAUUCAAAAGCACUUUGAAGAGACUGGAGAAGAUGAGAACAAACAGCUCAUUGAAAUGUUCUGCCAUCAAACUGAUCGAGAAUACCGCAUAAUGAUAGGAACUGAUAACCGUAUCCGUCGAGAUCCUUUAGCCAUGAGAAUGAGGGAGGAUCAGAUAAAACAGAUAUGGGGUGGAGAUCCCGUUUACCCAACAAUAAAUUACAUUCAAGACCCAAAUGAGGUGAUCGAUUUUAGAGGUCCAGAUUUUCACGAACCAACACCAGAUAUGCUUGCAUAUCUGAAAGAGCAUCGCAAAAUAAUUCCAAGAGCGGAGCUAGAUGCUAUUCUGGCAAAAGAGAAAACAGAAGAAAUAGAGUACACAGAUAUGGAUGAAGCCAUGGCACAAGCUGUUGACAUCGGUGAAAAUGAUGAUGAAGAAGAGAGUGGAGUUGAAGAGGAGAAAAUCUCUCGCAAUUGGAGUGUUCUGAAAAGUAAUCCUGAGCUUCGCAAGACAAAGCCUAAACCGAAAAAAGAAAACAUGUCUUUGGAUGAAGCUAUAGAUGAUUCUGAAAACUUAACAGACUUCCUCAUGGACUUUGAAGGGGAUGAGUAACUCUAUGCACCUCAUGGUCGGAAGGAUAAAUAGAGAUCCAUCUCGUUAUAUGAUGAAUAUGUAGCUUUAAGCGAUGUUCUGCUGCAUGUCUGCUGACUUGCUGAUCAUCUGGAUAGGAACCUAUAUAUGAUAUGAUAUGAUGCCUUGUCACUGAAAAAAAUUGUUAUAAAAUUUCGGUUCUUGAGACUAAGUAGCAAGGUUGCAUACUUUCAUCAGAAAUGGAUGGUCUGAUCUUUGGUCUUUCAUGUAGCAAAAAGGGAGCUCCUCCAUCAUGUGAAUUUACUUGAGGAUUUAGUUUAAAUGUAAAGGGUGUUUUACACCCCAAAUGAUUGUCUUGGUGUAAUUAAUGCUCCUGUGUUCUUGUGUGACA